GUAUCAUCUUAUCCAAUGGAGACUCGUGGAAAGAAAUGAGACGUUUUGCUUUCACAACUCUGAAAGAUUUUGGGAUGGGCAGAAAAAUGAGUGAAGAGAUAAUUACUGAGGAAUGUGGUUAUCUGAUUAAAGAAUUUGAACAGUUUGAAGGUAAAACCUUCAACAACUCCCAGCUCAUCAGUUAUUCUACAUCAAAUGUGAUAUCAGCUUUAAUGUUUGGAAACAGAUUUGAAUACUCAGAUCCAUCAUUUCAAAUGACACUAGAGAGAGAACAUGUGAUCGCUCAUCUUAUUGGAUCAGCCUCCAUCCAG